AUGGGGAGGAAACCUGGAAGCUGCUGGCGCGGAGAGCCACGACCUGCGAGAAAGCCUUGCAUCCCGUCGCCCGCAAGCGCGAGCGCAAGCCUCCCCGCGAUGCCCGCCAAGCACGGGAUGCAAGGACAAAAGUCAAAAGUCACCUUGCAAGCUUUCCUCCUGUCGCACGGCUCCCGUCUGGGUAUGAUCUGCUGGAGCGUGCAAUUUUUUCCACGCCGUCCGAUGGCAAGGUGCUGUGGAUUCCAGGUCUGCCAGAGGUGCUCUGUGUAUACAUACGUGGACUAUCCUGGUCUGCAUGCACAUGCUGGGCAGAAUCGCCGGCAUAAGCUCCAGGCGAUCCCUCCUGCUUCCUUUUUCGCUACACAUUUUUGCUUUUUUGGGCAUGCUGCAAACGCGAGGCGUUGUCUCGCACCAGGUGUGGUGCCCCCUACCCACCGGGGGAAGUCAAGGUGCACCGCAACGGUCAGGGCAUUCAAGAGGUUGCUUGCUUCUGUCUGA